GGCGUCUGUGGUAACCGGGCUGUGAAGAAGGGAAGAGGCCUGAAGCGGUCAGAGGGGAGAAUAUGACUGCUGGUUCAGUGUGUGUCCCUCAGAUCAUACCACUGCGAGUUCCUCAGCCUGGAAAAGCUAACCAUGAAAUUGAUAACAAUACUCUUUUGGAAAUGAAAUCAGAUACCCCAGAUGUCAAUAUAUAUUAUACCCUGGAUGGCAGCAAACCUGAGUUUCUGAAGAGAAUUGGUUAUGGUGAAAAUAAUACAUUUAAGUAUACAAAACCCAUUACUUUGCCUGAUGGGAAAAUACAGGUUAAAGCUAUUGCAGUCUCUAAAGAUUGCAGACAGAGUGGAAUUGUAACAAAAGUGUUUCAAGUGGGUUAUGAACCACCAAAGAUAGUUUCUUCUGAAGAUGACAUUGAAAAUGUUCUCAAAGAUUCUUCAAAGCAGGAAUUGAAAAAUGGAUUUGAUGGAUCAAAACUAAGGAAGAAAUACAAGAAUUCUGAGAAUAAAUCUAGUUGGAAUGUUAACCUUAGAAAGUUUCCAGACCCCAUGGCAGGUGAAAGAAUGGUCCCUAAAACUCUGAAAGAUCUUCGCUUCUCAGAGAGUCCCCUGGAAAUCCCAGCCUACCGUGAAGAAUCAAUCUCUAGAUCAUCCACCCACCAGUCACAGCCCCCUGGAUUUGCCCACAUAAAUGGCCGUAAGAGUCUGACAAGCACGGAGGUCAUGAGGAUUCAAAGGGAGACAGACUUUCUCAAGUGUGCCCACUGCUUGGCCCCCUACCCAACAGAUCCCUAUGCUCGCUUCUGUCAAGAAUGUGGAGCUCCUGUCCCACCCAUCUUUGGCUGUCGGCUUCCACCCCCAGAAGGAGCUCAGCUGGGCUUGUGUGUAGAAUGCGGGAGCAUGGUACCCAUGAACAUCCCCAUCUGUGUGGUGUGUGAGGCCCCUCUUGCCCCGCAGCUGCGGCCACAGGCUAGUCUCCACCUGAAGGAGAAGGUGAUUUGCCGUGGCUGUGGUACAGGGAAUCCUGCUCACUUGCGAUACUGUGUCACCUGUGAGGGGGCCCUGCCUUCAUCACAAGAGCUUAGCCUUCCUGCUAGCCACUCUGUUUGCCCUAAAUGUGGGGCCAGCAAUCACCUGUCUGCCCGGUUCUGUGGCUCCUGUGGCAUUUAUGUGAAGUCUAGGAUAAGACUCAGCUUGGACAACAGCCUGGCAUUAGUUGCUGGAGAACCUUGCCCUUUUCCUGAGCCUCGACCUGCCUGGCAAUCUCUAAGUGUCCCCAUAUCUCAUGAUGGGACCAGGAAGAACACGGGCACACAAACUGCUGGCCUGUUCUACCCAUCUGGCAAGCUGCUUGCACAGAAGGAACUGGAAAUGGCUUCUCACAAGCAGAGGCUGGAGAAGAUGAAUGACCACAAACCCUUCAUCACAGCCAUCAGCCCAGGAAGAGGAUACUGGAGGAAACAGUUGGAUCACAUCUCUGCUCACCUCAGAUCUUACGCUCAGAACAACCCUGAAUUCCGGGCCUUGAUCGCUGAACCCAGGAUGGGAAAGCUCAUCUCUGCUACUGUCCAUGAGGAUGGCUGUGAAGUUAGCAUCAGGCUGAAUUAUAUUCAAGUCUCUAACAAGAACCUGUAUCUGAACAAAGCUGUGGAUCUCAGCGACCACUUUCUGAGCAGUGUUGCUGAGGGCGGUAAUGGGCUGUACGGCAGCAGGUCCAGCCUGGUGAGUGACUACAGCCAGUGUACAUCAGACACCUCGGAAAGGGUCAAGAGGAUGAGGAAUCCCAAGACCAAGAAAUUUCACAAAAGGAAAGAACAGCUUGUACCUGAAAACAGACUCCUGCUGGAGGAAGUCGGCCCUACAGGAGAAGGAAGAGUCUCUGUGCUUGAACAGCUGCUAGAUGAAGGAGCAGACCCCAACUGCAGUGAUAAUGAAGGCCGGCCCGCUAUUACUGUGGCUGUUGUGAAUAAGCACCAUGAAGCCAUUCCAGUUCUCGCUCAGAGAGGAGCAGACAUCGACCAGCAGUGGGGACCGUUCAGAAAUACAGCACUUCAUGAAGCAACCCUGCUUGGCCUGGAGGAGAGUGUCGCCAUGUUACUAGGAUGCAAUGCAAGCAUCCAAAAGAAGAAUGCAAGAGGCCAGACAGCAUACGAUGUGGCUCUGGAAAUUGCGGAUGACCUCAUCAUCAAGCUCUUUGCCACUAAGUUCAGCCAAGGGCUUGAGGACCAACCCACCCAACCCAAGAACCUCAGCUUGAGUGACUGUAAGAUCUGAGGUAGCCAUGGAGCUUUGCCAAGAGGAAAUCACCCUGUUCUGGCUCUUUGUUCAUUUGUGAAAUGUGUACUUAGAUUAGGAGUUGAGGUUGAGAGGAAUUCAUUAGAUUAUUUUUUAGUUAGUGUUACAUCUCUAAUGCCAUAUGCAUGGCUCCCAACGUACCUUGGAUUGUGAUUAAUGUCAUGUAUGCUUUUUCAUAGUUAAUUCCUAUUUUUUUAACGUAGCCUUUCGUUUUAACUUUAUUUUUCAAUGAAUAGUAAUUGCCCAUGGUUCAAAGCUGAAAGGUAUACAGUGUUAGGUAACAGUCUCUUCCUGUCUUUGACAGCCACCACUCCCUUUCUCAGCGGUGCCAGUGACACCAGGGCUGGCCCCAUCUUUCCAGGGGUGGUAUAGCAUUAGAUAGCAUGUAUAUAUGUAUAUGUGCAUGUACACGUGGGCUAUACAAAAAUACAUAGCACACACACAUAUAUUUUACCCCUGUUUAUCUUCAAGUAACAAUGAGACUUACGUAGCUCUAAUAACUUGGUUUUUUUUUUGAAAGUUGUAUUCUGGCAGUUAUACUUUCCUUAUCUUAACAAAGAGCAAACAAUAUGUCUGCGAAGUGUCUUUCUAAAACUGGAAAUUGGGUAACCCCAAGUUACAUCUCCUGCUCUUACCAUCUACUUAUGCCCUUGAUGCGUGGCCUCUGAUACUUUCACAUUCGUCCAGUGGCCUUUCUGACUGAUGAG